AUGGAACACACAAACGCCGAAGCGUCCUCCAGCAAACACCCAGCCCCCUCCCACCCCCGCAACAACCUCUCCCUCUCCCUUACGGCUCCCAGAGAUGACUCUCCCAGGGGGGGCAGGGGCAGGUCCGCAAGCCGCCGGCGAGAUGCCAAGAAUGAGCCUGCCUCUGCGCGGGGGUCUGCUGUAGAUCUGGUUUCGCCACAAUCGGCUGUAUCAGCCGGGACGGCGAGGAGUGGGGGCGGGAGUCUGAGGGUAUCAGAGAGGGCACUGAGCCCGAAGAGUGGGAGUGAGGCGGGUGGAUCGAAUGCCAGUAGGAGACUACGGACUGUUCCUCCUAUGGCGAUAUUUGAGCCUCCGACGCCGCCACCUUCUGAACAGCCCCUCCCGCCAGCCGAAGGGCAGUCUCCAUCAGCGGCCGCAGACCCUUUCCCGACCAUCACCACCGCCUCUGCCCGCGCCAUGCGUUAUCGCUACUCUGAUUCGUCAUCCAAUCAGUCAUCUGCCGACGACUCUUCCUCUGAUGAGACGCCUCCUUGGUGGACAUUUACCCAGAGGGGAAUGGCGAGGAUCAAGCACAGGACGCUGAAACACAAGCAGGGGCAGAGCGGGAAGGAAAGUGAUAGGGAAGAUGAGGGAGGUCUGACGGAAGGAGUGACCGAGGCAGAGUCGGGGAGAGAGGAGGGGAGGCCCAAGAAGAGAGCGAGCUAUUUCAGCGCCUCGAGGAAGAGUUCCAAGGAUACACCCGGUCCCUCUGGACGGCGGACGGCUUCACCGUCAUCACGAAUCCUGGGGUAUAAUCGAAACUCGGCGUACAGGAAUGACUCUGUUAACAAUACCACGCCAUCCUUGAAACUGUCGAAUGCGUUCAAGAAAGGGUCAACCACGAGGCUCGAGCCCGUGGCGACACAUCUACGUCCGAUCAAGUCGAAUCACGGAAAUGAGAGUCAGACUUUUGGCAGGCGCAAGCCGCCUCUGAAGCGUAUGGACUCUGCUCCUGCUGCCACUUCUUCCCCGACCUCUCCAGUCUCUCCGUCCUUUCCCAGCCCGGGGCUGACGACCCUCGUCGACCAGCCUUUGCGGGAUCCCCAAGCGCCGACCGUCCUUGGAGGGGAACUGUCGGGCGCAUCGCCCACUGCUUCGCCUACAAGACGUACAGCGCGGCGGCAGCUCACUGCACCGGCCUUCCCACGCUUUUUUAGAAGCCGAGAUACAGGUACCGGGGACGAGCAGUCGGAAGAGACAGACCACGAACCAUCCCCUCUAGCCAGACCCCGUCCUCGCUCAACCCUCACAUCUACUUCCAUCCCCGACCCUGCUCAGACCAACUUCAACCUCACUCCAGGGCAAGACCCAAACGACCCUUCCAACUCCCCCAGUGCUCCCAAAUACAAACGCAAAGGUUCCCAUCGUCUGCGUAUCAACCUACCCCCACCGCUCACACAGCACUUUGCAAACAAUUUUCAGAAUGGGUGGCCGCAUGCGGGUACUUGGCAGGAUGCGUUGUAUGGGUACUAUGAGGAGCCGCAAAAGAUGCGACAAGGGGCGACGCCAGCUAAGAAGAAGAAGGAGCGGAGAAAGAGCUCUAAAACUCCUGGCAUCCAGUCAAUACCUCCCAGUCCGCACGAGGGUGAUAUAGAGUCAUCCGCCGAACAACAACCGCCCGUGACCGCCGGGGGAAGCAAGAGGACCAAGGCAAAGAAGCAAAAGCGAUUCGAGGCUAUGGUACCGCCCACGCCUAGUGGUCUGGGAUUCACGCCGAGGCAUAGCGGAGAGGGCCCGGGAGAGUAUCCUUGGAAUGGGAUGAAUGGCGAGAAUGAUAGAGUGAAAGGAUCCGGGGAGAAGGCCGGGAACGAGGCAAAUGAAGAGAAGCUGCGUGCGGACCAACCUCGCGGUAAUGCCCCUGCGCUCCUACAUCCCGACCCGGCUCAUCUGCGUAACAAUGCCAAUCUCGCGCGUCACACCUCCCGAGCAACAAUCACAGACACUACCGUGGAUGAACACGACUCCAACUCUUCCGCAUUUGGCCAUUCUCGUGGUGGCAGAAAUGGAUUCCGAUUGUUUGGAAAGAGGCAGAGGCCGAAUGAGAAACGGAUGGAUCUGAAUCUGAGUUGGAGGAAGAGGUGGAAGAGAGUACUGUUCCUGGAUGCAAGAGUCACUAUCUGGAUAAGGUUGAUCAAUCUGAUCGUGGUUGUGAUCGCUCUAGGACUAUCAAUCCAGAUUCGUCUGAACCUCAUCUCCCUCAGCCUUCCCGGCGUCCUCGGCUCCUCUACGACCCUUAUCAUUUCCUACGCCACUACUACCAUCUUCCACGGCCUCAUGGCCAUCUACCGAGAGUACUUUGGCAAGCCCAUCGGUCUUUGGGGGCUUAGCUCCAAGAUGCUGUGGGUCUGCCUCGACUUGCUUUUCGUCGCCCUCUGGUCCUCUGCUUUGAGUCUGUCAAUCAACGACUUGAUCGCGACACCAUUAGAAUGUUCUGCUGGUGCGGCCUGGUGGAGGAAUGGGCUAGCGUCAGAUUAUGCCUCGUUGAUUGCCGAAUUGAGAGAGUCCGCCGAGGCAGUCGCCAAUGCUACCCUCGCCGACAACUCUUCUUCGGUAACGACCGCCAUUUCCGACAACCUUCUCGGCGUCACUUCUCCUGACCUCAUCUCCACCUCCCUCGGUAUCACUCUGCCCACAUCCGUCACAGCCUCGCACCUCGCGAGACAGGUGUGUCGUCAUCAGGCAGCGUGCAUUGCGUUGAGCGUGUUGGCGUUGUUGCUGUACGGCGGUAAUAUGGUGCUCAGCUUGUUUAGAAUCUUUGAGACGGUGAGGAGAACUGGGAACGCUAGUAGGGCAGUCAUUGUUUGA